GUUUUGACUCGUUCAAUGUUACUUUUGUCUGCGAUUCAAGUUGGAAACGUCUUUGAUUUUUCCUCUAUCUGUUGAAUUUUGUUCUUCCAGAGUGUUGUUUUCUUCGAUUGAAAUUUCCGUAAACCUAUUCUUGCUGUUCGUCCUGAUUCUUGUGGUUUAUCGGUGAAUUGGAUCUAUUUUGAUGUGCGUUCUGCUUCAAUUUUGUUGUUGAUUUUCUUGUUUUGGAUUCGGUGGAGAGUGAGGAGAUCUACUGAUUGGCGUGCUCAUUCUCAAUCUCUGCAUUUAGUACUGCAGAGCAUCAAGAUCAAGCACUUCUGUUUCAUUCUUUUGAAUGAAGAUUGAGGACUUGAAGUGCUGAUUAAAAACAACUCCAUAGAUUAUAAUGUCUUCCCCGGGCAAGAUUCAUCACAAGGCCACUCUUGAUGUUGCCUCAUGGAUGUUUAACGUCGUCACGUCUGUAGGGAUAAUUAUCAUCAAUAAAGCAUUGAUGGCCACAUAUGGAUUUAGCUUUGCUACAACUUUAACUGGCCUACAUUUCGCCACAACGUCCUUGCUGACUUUUAUUCUUAAGCAACUUGGUUAUAUUCAAGAUUCUCACUUACCCUUCCUUGACAUUCUUAAAUUUGUUAUAUUUGCUAACUUCUCCAUUGUGGGAAUGAAUGUGAGCUUAAUGUGGAAUUCUGUUGGGUUCUAUCAGAUUGCAAAGUUGAGCAUGAUCCCCGUAUCUUGUUUUCUAGAAGUUGUUUUGGAUAAGGUGCAAUACUCAAGGGACACAAAGCUUAGCAUACUGUUAGUUCUACUUGGUGUUGGAGUUUGUACUGUCACUGAUGUUAGUGUCAACAUGAAAGGUUUUGUGGCUGCCGUAGUGGCGGUAUGGAGCACUGCCUUGCAGCAGUAUUAUGUACAUCACCUCCAGCGAAAAUAUUCUCUUGGAUCAUUCAACUUAUUGGGUCAUACCGCUCCAGUGCAGGCUGCAUCUUUGCUGUUAGUCGGGCCCUUUUCAGACUAUUGGUUGACUGGAAAGAGAGUCGAUGCCUAUGGUUACACUUUUAUGUCCUUGACGUUCUUAAUCCUUUCAUGUACCAUUGCGGUAGGGACAAAUCUCAGCCAGUUCAUAUGCAUUGGUAGGUUCACUGCUGUGACAUUCCAAGUGCUCGGCCAUAUGAAGACUAUUUUAGUCUUGACGUUAGGAUUCAUUUUCUUUGGGAAAGAGGGCCUCAACUUACAAGUAAUUAUAGGUAUGGCCAUCGCAAUUCUUGGAAUGAUCUGGUAUGGAAAUGCCUCAUCUAAGCCAGGAGGGAAGGAGCGUCGUAGUUUUUCCUCAACAAGUAGCAAAGCAUUAAAGCACACUGGAUCAGAAUCUUCCGACCUUGAUGAAAAGAUAUAGAGCUGAGUAGAUUUUGUAGUUUUUAUUUUUUCCCCAAUAAUGGCCAUUGAUGAAAAAAUAAAGGGGAAAUUAUAUAGAGACUAGAGAGAGAAAAGGAAAUGAUAUUGACUUCAGUAUAUUCCAGGAGAUUCUUGACACAUAAUUGGCAGGCCCCUCACCUAUUUUAGUUCAUUAUAGCUUUUUUUUUUUUUUGUUCUCUUUCUUUCUUUUAUUCACAUGAAAAAGGUAUGCCAUCUUUUGAAGGGAUGCAACUCAAUGGUUCCCCUACAAAAAGUAUACAAUGUUACAGAUACCACAGUUAUCAAUAGUAUAGAUAUUUCCCUUCUUCAAUCUCCA